CAGAGGCUACAGCAGAUACUAGGAAGUGCUGCGCAAUUUUGUGCUGUAGUAUUAAUCCAAGAAAAAUAUUACGUUUGUUUAACAGUUUAAAUAUUAAUAAACCAUUGAAUAUCGAAAGGAGAUUAACGAUAUUCGAUAUUUUAAAUAUAUUAUCAGCAAAUACAGACAUUUUAUUGGAACAAUACGUAUCUUAAUGAAUACUAAAACAUACGAAAACGAAAACAUUGUAAAACGAUAACAGAUAAAAAAUAUUAGUACCUCUUGAUAUAAUAUAUGAAAAAUGGGGAAAUUGAAGAGAAUACCGAAACCGUUUAUAAAAAUUAAGCGUCUCUUGAGAAAAAGAAAAUUAAUUCCAUUGGAUCAAGAAAUUAAGAAACAUGUACGCUGGAAAGGGGAACGAGAAAUGCACGCUAAGUUGGAGGCUACAAUAAACUUUGAGACUUUGAAAAUUAUAGCAGACCCACAAGUGGAUGUAGAUUACAUAAAAAACAUGUCAAUAAUGUCGAUUUACGAUCGUAAUUAUAGGAGUCCCAUGCAAGAAAACAUUUCCGAAGAUUCCAUGCAUAUCAGAUCCAAUAUGACGCAUGAGUUAAACAGUAUCGUCGAUGAAAGUGAAGACGAUUGUACUGUAAAUACGCCGCAGGGGAACAUUGGAUCUGAUAUUUUACAGAAAACUUCUUUCCUUUAUAUAAGCGACAAAAGCGAGCCAAAUAUAUACGAUAGAAUAAGAAAUAUUGUUAUGUUGUAG